UUCAACCACAUUGUGUAUUCAAACAAUUGAUAAGUCACUCGUGUUUAUUCGCACGUCCGAAAAUACAUUACGAUGGUAUUCUUACCAUUAGCAUUAGUACUAGUCUCUCUAGUUCUGGCGUGGUACUUCAUUGGAAAGUACAAUGAAAAUUAUUGGAAGAAGCGUGGUGUAGCCUUCUACGAAAAAAAUAAGGUAGUGGGACCAAUGUGGGACUUCAUGACAUCACAAAAAGCCCUAUUCGAGAUCUUCGGGAAGCUGUACAGAGAAUACAGAAAAGAACCAGCCAUCGGCAUCGGUCAAAUUUUAACUCCAUCACUGUUUGUCAUUGACCCGAAAAAUGUGCAACAGGUGCUGUCAGGUGACUUCCAAUCUUUUAAUCACCGAGGUAUCGAAAGCGUCGAAGGAGACACAUUGUCUGAUAACAUAACCUUUAUGAAUGGUCCAAGAUGGAAGCUGAUGCGAUCGAACAUGACUCCAUUGUUUACGGCAAACAAAUUGAAGAACAUGUAUUACAUCAUGGACAAAAGUGCUCAAGAUUUCGUGCAAUACUUGAAAAAUAAUCCCAAGACGCGUGAUGGUGAUUUAUUUGAAACUCUUAUGAUGUUCUGUAAUGCUGCAGUUUGUGGAGCUAUCUUCGGCAUUGGAUCAGAGUCAAUCUUUGAUACACCUUUCCUCAAGCUUGCCAAAAACUUAUCGCAAUCGAAUAUACUGGUAAGGAUGAAAUUCAUAUUUUACAGUUUGAGCCCAAAAAUUUAUACAGCCUUAGGUUUUAAACUUUUCAAAGAACAUGAAGAAUUCUUUGUUAAAUCAAUUGGUGAAGUGUUAAAACGAAGAGAUCAGGAAAAUGUAAAGAGACACGACUUCGCUGACAUUGCUUUAGCUAUACAGAAGAACGGUACGAUGAGAGACCGUACAACAGGAUACGAGAUAGAGCCCACGACCGGUAUACUCUCUGCACAGGCUUUGUUCUUCUUUACUGCUGGUGUGGAGCCUUGUGCUAAUGCGAUCUAUGCGACGUUGUAUCUUCUGAGCUCUCAUCCAGAAAUACUAGAAAAAGUGCACCAAGAAAUUGAUGAACAUUUUGAAAAACACAGCAACAACAUAACCUAUGACGUUAUUUGUGAUUUGGAAUAUACAGAAAAAGUAUUAAGUGAAGCGUUGAGAAUCUUCCCUCCCAUUGGAUUUUUGACGAGACAGUGUGUUCAAAAUACUGUUUUACCAGUCGGUAAUAUCCCAGUAGAGAAAGGAACCAAAAUAUUCACACCUAUUUAUGAUAUCCAUCACGACCCAGAACUGUAUCCAGACCCAGAAGUGUUCGACCCGGAGCGAUUCUCCAAGGAUAGGAGACCCAAUGACGACAUUUACAUGCCAUUUGGAAUGGGCAACAGGACGUGUAUAGGCGCCAGGUACGCCAAGCUACAGGUGCAAGCUGGUUUGGUGCACGUCUUACGAAACUACACUGUUAAACUCUCGAAAACCAGUGGAAAGUUGAGAUUUGCGCAUGAUCCACUUAAUGUAAGACUGAGAAAUGUCGGUUUUGAAUUGAUUCCUAGAGCAAUUAAAUUACCAUUAAGUUUGAUAGCAGUGGGCUUACUACUGGCUUGGUACCUAAUAGGAAAGCGCAAUGAGAGCUACUGGAAGAAGCGUGGCGUAAAGUUCUACAGUAAAAACAAAGUGGCUGGACCUUUCUGGGAUUUCCUAACAUCGCAACGUGCUUUAUUUGAAAUCUUGGGAGACCUAUACAAACAACACAGACAAGAACCAGCUAUUGGUAUUGGUCAAUUCUUAACACCUGCGCUCUUUGUCAUCGAUCCGAAGAAUGUUCAGCAAGUUUUAUCAGGUGACUUCCAAUCUUUUCACCACAGAGGCCUUGAAACUAUUGAAGGGGACCAAUUGAGCGACAAUAUUAUUAUGAUGAAUGGUCCAAGAUGGAAGCUGAUGCGACAGAAUAUGACUCCGUUGUUUACGGCAAACAAAUUGAAGAACAUGUACUACAUACUAGAUAAAAGUGCCCAAGACUUCGUGCAGUACUUGAAAAAUAAUCCCAAGACGCGUGAUGGUAAUUUCUUUGAAACUCUUAUGUUGUUCUGUAAUGCUGCAGUUUGUGGAGCUAUCUUCGGCAUUGGAACGAACUCAAUCUUCGAUACCCCUUUCCUCAAGGUUGCCAAAAGCUUAUCACAAUCCAACCUUAGUAUCAGGUUAAAAUUCAUAUUGGCCAAUCUAAGUCCUAAGUUGUUUAAACUAUUGGGAUUAAAAGUUUUCAACGAGUAUGAAGAUUUCUUUAUUGGCUCAAUAAGUAAAGUGAUGAAAGCAAGAGAAGAAGAAAAAGUGAAGAGACACGAUUUCGCUGACAUUGCUUUAGCUAUACAGAAGAACGGUACCAUGAGAGACCGUACAACAGGAUACGAGAUAGAGCCUACGACCGGUAUACUCUCUGCACAGGCUUUGUUCUUCUUUACCGCUGGCGUGGAGCCUUGUGCUAAUGCAAUCUUUUCAACAUUAAUUCUUUUAAGCAGUCACCCAGAAAUACUAGAAAGAGUUCACCAAGAAAUUGACGAACAUUUUGAAAAGUACAACAACAAUAUCACCUAUGACGUUAUAUGUGAAAUGAAGUACAUAGAUAAGGUACUGAGCGAAGCAAUGAGAAUAUUCCCUCCAAUUGGUCAAUUGACGAGACAGUGUGUUCAAAAUACAGUCCUGCCUGUUGGUAACAUCCCAGUAGAGAAGGGGACAAAAAUGUUCACUCCAAUUUAUGCUAUUCAUCACGACCCAGAAUUGUAUCCAGACCCAGAAGUGUUCGACCCGGAGCGAUUCUCCAAGGAUAGGAGACCCAAUGACGACAUUUAUAUGCCAUUUGGAAUGGGCAACAGGACAUGCAUCGGUGAGAGGUAUGCCAAAUUACAAGUGCAAGCCGGUUUAGUGCACGUCUUGCGAAACUUCACUGUUAAACCGCAGAAACAUCAAAAAGUAAUAUUUGCUCACGAUGCACUCAAUGUGAGACCGAGAAAUGUCGAUGUCCAACUAAUACCGAGAAACAUUUAAGAGAUUGUGUUGAGAUUUUUUUUCUAUAAGUUUUAAAUGAUUGUGAUUCACAUAGUGUAUUGUAUUAAAAGCAACUGUGGUAGAGAAUUAAAAAGCGUAAUUUGCCUA